AUGGCAGAUUUCUGUGUUAAAUCGCCACUGAAUGUACUGUCAAGAAAUAGUUUGGAAGCGUCUACUUGUAAAAUGACAGAGCCAUUUAACUUCGAGAAAGCUGAAAGCAAGCUUCCUUCACGGGACUCUCUGAGGAAUCCCGGGCCACACCAUAAUCAUCCAACUUUCAGGUUGAAAAGCCCAGAGACAAUAAACAAAAAGAACAACUUUUUGCUUGGUGAGCAAACCAAGCAGUUUCUGGCUAGUCAGGAAGAUGGUUCCGCAUCUUCAGACCCUAAUGGCAUCAGUGGAGAAGCAGGAGCCAGAGGAGACCCGAAGACACUGCCCACAGGAAACUCACUGUCGCUUCUCACUGCUGGAAAUAACUCACCAUCCAAAGAAAAGCCCAGCAGCAAUGUACCUCCCACAAAGUCCAAAAAGUUGCACAAGGUUUCUGAGAACUCUUUGUCCAUCAGUAAUCCAGCACUCUUCAACUCCUUAGGACCUCCUGUUCGGUCCACAACUUGCCAUCGCUGCGGCCUGUUUGGCUCCCUUAGGUGUUCGCAGUGCAAGCAGACAUACUAUUGCUCCACGGCAUGCCAGAGGAGGGACUGGUCGGCUCACAGCAUCGUGUGCAAACCUGUGCAGCAAAACUUCCAUAAAAUUGAGGAUAAUAAAUCAUCCUUUGAAACAAAAAAGGAGGAAGUGAAAAAUGAGAGUGACAGCCCACUUGGCAUAACUACAGAAACAGCUGCUUCUGCUCAGAGAACAAUGGUUUCUGAUUUGAAAAGUCUACAGCUCCAGAAAGCCAUGGAAGUAAAGGGAACAGUUUCAGAAUUCAAACACCCUGGUAACUUCCAUGUGCAGUUGUACUCUCCUGAAGUUUUAGAAUACAUGAGCCGACUUUCCGUGAGCUUGAAAGAAGCGUAUGCCAAUGUGGGGCCUGAGGAGGAGUACGUGCCUGUGAAGGGUGAGGUCUGCGUUGCAAAGUACACGGUGGAUCAGACCUGGAACAGGGCUGUGGUACGAGAUGUGGACGUGCAGCAGAAGCAGGCACAAGUCUUGUACCUUGACUUUGGAAAUGAUGAAGUCAUUCCAGUGAGCAGAAUCCGGCAGCUGGACAGCAGGAUCGAUUUGUUUCCUCCUUGUGCCAUCAAGUGCAGGGUGGCCCAUGUUCUCCCCGCAGAGGGGAGUUGGAGCAGUGACUGUAUCCAGACCAUGAAAUCACUGUUAAUGGAGCAAUACUGCUCGUUAAAGGUUGUUGACGUCUUAUAUGAGGAAGAGGCUACCUUUGCUGUUGAGGUUACCCUGUCAAGUUCAGGAAAACUCUUAGACCAUGUGCUUGUAGAAAUGGGAUAUGGCUUGAAGCCCCAAGGACAAAAUCCUAAGAAGUCAAGUCCAGAUCAAGGUGAUCCUGAAGAUGUUGGAAAAAUGACAGUUGAAAACAAAAUUGUUGUUGACAGAAGUGACCUUAUCCCCAAAGUGAUAACCUUGAAUGUAGGUGAUGAAUUUUGUGGUGUGGUUGCCCACAUCCAAACGCCAGAAGACUUCUUUUGUCAACAAUUACAAAGUGGUCAUAAACUUGCUGAACUUCAGGCAUCCCUUAGUGAGUACUGUGGUCAAGUGUCUCGACGCUCUGAUUUUUAUCCAACCAUUGGUGAUAUAUGCUGUGCCCAGUUCUCAGAGGAUGAUCAGUGGUACCGUGCCUCUGUCCUGGCCUAUGCUUCUGAAGAUUCCGUCCUGGUUGGCUAUGUGGAUUAUGGAAACUUUGAAAUCAUUAGUUUGACAAGACUCUGUCCCAUUAUCCCAAAGUUGUUGGAAUUGCCAAUGCAAGCUAUAAAGUGUGUGCUGGCAGGAGUGAAGCCAUCAUUAGGAAUUUGGACUCCAGAAGCCGUUUGUCUCAUGAAGAAGAUUGUGCAGAACAAAAUGAUCACGGUGCGAGUGGUGGACAAGUUGCAAACCAGCUCCCUGGUAGAGCUGAUAGAUAAAUCUGAGACUUCCAACAUCAGUGUUGGCAAAGUGCUCGUACAUGCGGGCUUUGCCACUGAGGAGAACGGGAUCAUGACAGAUAAGCCCAGCGACGUGAAGGAAGCUAGCGCUCCCUUGGAUAUGGAAGGCAAAGCUAGUGCACCAUCAUGGAUGUGGGUUGAACUUGCUGCUGACCAAACGGUGGAUGUUAUGGUCAGUAUGGUGUACAGCCCGAGAGAAUUCUACUGCCAAGUGUUCAACGAGGAUGCCUUACAGAAGCUCAGUGAGUUGAACAAAUUACUUGCAGAACAGUGCCAGCGGAAGUUGCAUGCUGGGCUCAAGGCAGAAUUAGGGCAGCCUUGCUGUGCUUUUUUUGGAGGUGAUGGUAACUGGUAUCGCGCAGUAGUCAAGGAAAUCUUGCCAAAUGGAAAUGUUAAAGUACAUUUUGUGGAUUAUGGAAACACCGAAGAAGUUACUGUAAAUGAACUGCAAACAAUAUCAUCGGUCUUUUUGCAAGUUCCAUUCCAGGGGGUAAAGUGCUGGUUAGUAGAUGUACAGCCUAAAAAUGAACAUUGGACUAAAGAAGCCAUAGCAAGAUUUCAGAUGUGUGUUGCAGGGGUAAAGCUCCAAGCCAGAGUGGUUGAAGUCACUGAAAACGGGGUGGGACUUGAACUCACGGAUCUUUCUACUUCUUAUCCCAGAAUAAUUAGUGACAUUCUUAUUGAUGAGCAUCUAGCUUUAAAAGCCAGUUCACCACAUAAAGACGUGCCAAAUAACUCACCUGUAAAUGAACAUGGUCCUCAUGUUGACACCCACAGGCUUCAAGCUGUCUCUUCAGAGGAGCAGUGGAAGACGAUAGAAAUGCCGAUUAAUAAAACCAUACGAGCAAACAUAUUAGAAAUCAUAAGCCCUACUUUGUUUUAUGCUAUACCAAAUGAGAUGCCAGAAAACCAGAGAAAGCUGUGCAGCCUAACAGCUGAAUUGUUAGAAUACUGCAAUGCUCAGAAAGGCCUACCGUGCUACAUACCAAGAGCUGGAGAGGCCUGCUGUGCCAGAUACACAAGUGAUGACCUCUGGUACCGUGCAAUUGUUCUGGGGACAUCAGACAAUGAUGUGAGAGUGCUGUAUGCAGACUAUGGAAAUACUGAAACUCUGCCUCUUUCUAGAGUACAACCAAUCACUGCCAGACACCUAGAGCUUCCUUUCCAAAUUAUCAGAUGUUCACUUGAAGGACUAAUGGAAUUUAAUGGAAGUUGUUCUCAGUUAAUAAUAGAGCUGCUGAAAAAUUUCAUCUUGAAUCAGAACGUAAUGCUUUCUGUGAAAGGAAUUACUAAGAAUGUCCACACAGUUUCGAUUGAGAAAUGUUCGGAGAAUGGUAGUGUCAGUGUAGCUAAUAAGCUGGUGAUGUAUGGUCUGGCAAAAAAUAUCACAUCUAAAAAGCCCAGCACAUUCACUAAAGAAAAGACACACAGAAUGAAUUGCUGCUGUACAGAACUGCAGAAACAAGUUGAAAAACAUGAAGAAAUUCUUCUUUACCUGUUAAACAAUCCAACCAACCAAACUAAGUUGUUUGAGAUGAAAAAGCUGUUAAAAAGUUAA